CUCAUAAACGCGAAAUACCGAAAAAACUAUAAUAUGUUACAAUAUUAGUUGUAAAUGAGAAAAUAAACUGAAAAAAGUGCAUACACAAAACGAUCAGACCUUGAACAAAAGUUUCUUCAAUUUAUGUGCUCAACUCGUCAGUUUUUUUUUGAGUUUGAGUGGCAUUUUUUGAGUGUGGCCAAUAAGAACAGACAGCAGCAAAUUCGAGCGAAUAUAAAUAGCAGAUUGAAGUGGACAAAAAAACACAGUUCGCAGCGCAUUUGUUUAUAUCAUAAUUCUAAACAAAUACUCGACAAAACGGCAACAACACAAUUUUCACUUUUUUCAGACGAGAAGUGCUUAAAACGCAGAAGCAAAAGACACCAACAAAUAACUGUGCUCCACACACACAAGCAAUAACGCUCUCUCACUCAUACUGGCGCAACCUCGAACGAGAUUUGGAGACUAAGUGUAUGUGUGAGCUCGCCCCUCUUUACGUACAGGCGAGCACAAAGAAACAAAAGUUUUGGCGGCAAAACUUUGACAUUUCGUUUCGCGCAAUUUCGCAAACAAGUGUCCAAAGCGUAGGCAGCAAAACUGCGUCGCAUCGCAGCCCACUACAGAAAUACAUCCAAAACAAAACUACAGCAACUGCAACAAUAACAUGGUCAGUGCACGCCUUCUCCAUUCGGUUAUGCUGAAUGAAUUCUGCAAGAUGACCGCCAGUCCAGCGGUCAGUCGCAAUUUGGCCUGCGGCCGUAAAUUGGAUCACGUCAAGCGCAAUCUUUUUGGCUCUGCGCAGACGACGGCGACGACAACAUCGCUGGAGUCCAAAACCUCCGCCUUCAGCACGGAAUUGGAUCGCUAUCCGGAAUAUGCCAGCCAAAAGUGGGGCUAUGAUUUUCGUGCUGAUCGUCCGCUCGGCUCCAAUGCCACUUUCAUUUGGGAGCGUGUGAGUACGCAGGAAUCGCACUGUGCACCACCGGUGUAUACCCUCACCCGGGCCGCGCAUGUGCGUCCCGAGCAGUGCAGUGCGACGCCCAGUCAAAUGGAGGCAUUGCUCAGUGAACGUGCCGAUCGAGAGAAUCUGAUGAACUCCUCGCUGGACUCAAAUACGGAUACGGAGUACGAUUCGCAGGAUGAGCCGUUGACGCACGUUGCGUCCACUUCUUCGGCGGCUGCUUUGUGCGUUGCCUCCUCCUCUGCCACCUCCGCUGCCACAUCCACAUCCACAUCCUCCUCCUCAACCGGCGGCGUCAGCUGCAAUUCCAGUGCGCAGCAGCAGCAGCGCAAGCGACAGCUUAAAAUCACAGAGUUCAUGAAGGAGCGCAAGCGUCUCGCACAGGCACCCAAGAAAAUCUCACCCGCCAAACGGAUGCGCACCAAUUCCGGCUCCAGUUCCAGUGUGGGUGCGCAAUUUGGUUGCCACCUGAAACGUUCGCGUCACAACUAAAAAUUGAUUAUUAUUACCCGAAAACUCCACUCAAUUUGCAAUUUUUAUUUGUAAUUUUUAUAAUGCUGCUACAAACAACAACAAAAAAGAAUUAUGUUUAAUUUUUUUUAACCACAUUAAUAACAAUUUUUGUAUAAGUUUUUAAAGAAAGCAAACAAACAAACAUUAGGUACUCAUUUAUAGAAUUUUGUGUGCAGUGCAAGGGCGAAAGUUGCGAAUAUUAACUAAUAGUACUACUUUUCUAGUUUAAAAUGCCAGUUACUAAACGAUGGAUAAAACAAUGUAAUAAAACCAGUACUAGUACUAGAACAAAAAUUAGCCUGUAAGCCUUAAGUAUCACCUGCGAGCUAAAUGAAACUUUUUAGAUUUCUCUAGUGAGAAAUGCCAUAAACUAAGUGAUUAGUUCUUAACAACAAAAACAACAACAACAUAACUACUAUGUAAUUUCUAUUUGAUAAACAACAACAAACAAACACCUAGAGACACACUUUUGAAAAACAACAAAAAACAAAAUUUAAAUUUAUAAGAACCAAACAUUUGUAAAAUUUCAAUUGUUAAAUUUUAACAGCAACAUUUUUGGGUCUUGCUGUUAAAAUUUGCAAAGUUUCAACUUAAUGUUGCUCUGCUUUAUUAUUACUACAUUUAUAUUGUAAUUCUAUAUAUCGAUAUAUUAAUUAUUAUAUUUGAUAUAUAUAUCAAAGCAGAGUUACAUUGAUUUCUCUUAACAAAAUAAGCCCCAAAACUAACAAUUAUAAAUCUGAUCUUAGGUCUGAUUUAUUCUUGUUUCAGUUUUUGUGGCUGAAUCAAAAAGUCCUUUUUUCGACCAGUGUAAACACAAUUAGAAAAUUAAGCUUCUUAUUUUUGCCAAUUUGUGCGCUUUUGAUGAUAUGUAUUUUUCCCUUAAAUAGUAUUACCAAAACUUCAUAAAUUGCCAAAAUUCACAAAAUGUAUAAAAUUGCUUUCGAUCGCGUUGCCAAAUUGAUUGGCAAUUGAUGAGAGCGAUUUUUGCUUAACAUGUACAAAACAAAUGCUAUACAUUAUAAUUCUAAUUCUAAUUCUAAUUAUAUAUAUAUUUACAUACAAAAAACUAUUAUACACGUAGGCAGAGCCUAUAUUAUUGAAUAACCCUCACAUCGAUCAUCCUAUUUGAUAAGUCUUAGCAUAUAGAACAAACUCCAAAGUAUUCGCAUAAUAUUUAUAUAUAUAAUUCAUAUGAUGUGUGUAAAAUUUUUCAACUCAUACUUACAACAAUAAAAAAAACACCAGUAAACAAAAACCAGGAAAAACAAAACAAAAAAACUGACAAACUAUUUGCAAUUUUUGUAUCAUCCAAAUUUCAACUCUUAUACUUACAGUAUAAGAGUACAAACACACAUACACACAUGCAUUUAUAUGUUGUUGUUUGUUUUUUUUUUUUAUAUUUUAUUUGUGUAGACUUUUAUUUGUUUAUUUGUAUCAAUUUUAGUUUGUACACUUAUUAAGUUGACUUUUGUUUUCCAAUAAAAUUUGUUUUUCAUU